GGCUGAUGAGUCACGUGUCUUGCAUGUCCCAGAUAUCUGCGGCUGUAUAAAUACGAGUCGCAGAAAGAUGCGAAACAGCUUCAGACCGUCUGGAGUCUCCGGACACACAUUACGGUUUUUCUCAUCAUUACCUGCUGGCCUUUGGAGCGUCAGAGAGGAUGUUGAUGAUGAUGAUGAUGAAAAUGAAGAAGGGGUCCAAGUCGCUGGCUGUGGUGGCUCUUUUCCUCGCCUCAGCCAGCUGCAUUGUCCCACCCACAAAGGAAGAUCUCCAAGAGAUCUCCCGUCAAGGAGAGAAGUACCUGGAUGUCCAGAUUGAGAACGCCAUCAAUGGCGUCAAGGAGAUGAAGACUUUGAUGCAGAAAUCAUCAGAGGACCACAAGAAAGUUCUGGAUGAGCUGGAGAAAACUAAACAGCAGAAAGAGGAGGCCAUGCUGGCUGCUCAAGAGAUGGAGGUCAAGCUGGAGCAGCAGGACGAGGUUUGCAAUGAGACCAUGAAGGCUCUGUGGGAGGAAUGUAAGCCUUGUCUGAAGAAAACAUGCGUCAAGUACUACUCCCGCACGUGCAGCAGUGGAUCUGGAAAGGUGGGCCGCCAGUUGGAGGACCUGCUGAACCGAACUUCUCCCUUCUCCAUCUGGGUCAACGGGGAGAGGAUUGACACCCUGGAGCAGGAAGGCCAACGUCAGCAGAAAGAGUUCAAGAACUUGGAAGACAAAUACUCUGAGAUGGCUGAUGGCGUGGAUGGCAUAUUUUCAGACAGUAUGAAGGUGGCUGAUCAUGUGCACUACAACCCUCCUGCAUUUUUUCUGCCCAAUUUCUUCUCGCCCCGCUGGCGUAGAAGCAUUCACUCGCUCUUCCACGAGUCUUUCCCCAGCUUCCAGAGUCUGUUUUCCCCCAUGAUGAACAUCGACAGGAACAACUUUGGCUCCUUCGGUUCCAUGAUGGACUUUGACACAGAUGCCCCCGCUAACGAGGAUGGCAGCGUGAACGAGGACGUGGUCAUCACCAAACCUUUCGGAGACGGGAGGAUGACCUGCAGGGAGAUUCGUCGUAACUCAGCUGGCUGCCUCAAGUUCCGUGACGAGUGCGAGAAAUGCAAAGAGAUUGAACAUAUUGAUUGUUCUGGGAAGAAACCCCUACAAGGCCCCCUGAAGGAGGAACUAGAGAGGGCCCUGGCCAUAGCGGAGCGUUUCACCCAACACUACAACGCCCUCCUAAAGCGAUUUGAGGAGCAAAUGCUCAACACGUCCUCCAUCAUGGAUCUAUUCAACACACAGUUUGGAUGGGUGUCAUCUCUGGUCAACAACACCAACACCAAGAAGGACAUUUUCCAAGUUGAGACGGUGAUCAACAGGGACCCCAUAGAGAAGUCUGGUGAAGAUAUUGAGCAGCCUGACACUAGCGUGUCUGUCAAACUCUUCAACGCACCACCCAUGAAGUUCAACGUGCCGGGCGACAUCCCAUGGAAUGACCCCAAGUUCUCUGAGGUGGUGGCCCAGAAGGCUUUGGACCGCUACAAGGAAACCAGUGUCAUUGCCAAAUAAAGGUGGAUUUGUGCACAUGAUUCUGCUUCAAACACACCAUGCAGCAACUCACCAUCAGCUGUAUAUCCUCUCGCGUCCUGCUUCUCCCAAGUUUAACCUCAAAACUGUAUUUAGAUCUCCUUGUCCUGCUGGAAGAGAACAUACUUAAGAUGAUUGUAUUCAUGUCUGCAGCUCCGCCAUCUUUAAAAUGGAAUGAGUCUACACUACAACUACUCUUACUGCUUGACGUGUAAGGAUCGAUGCUAGCUUGUUUUAAUAAGUCUCUCUAACACCGACAGAUUUCAGUAACGUUUUAGAGGAAAGCAACUAGCAAGUUACAUUUUAGCAAUAAAGCAAUGCAUAGAAUAAUAAAACACUUACAACCAUA